CGCGAAAGCGUCGCUCUGUUGUGAGGAGUCGAGCGUCCACUGUGCUCUCUCUGUGUGUGUGUCUGCGGAGAGGAGCAAUUACCAAUCCGCGAAACAGCGUCAGUUUCGGAACAUUUUUCGUCGCAGUUUGACGGUGAUUCAGCAUGGACGUUGCUACAGCAACCGCGGAGAACGCCGGGGAGAUGGUGAAGGACGAGUUGGCAGAAAAGUGCCAGAAGUUGUUCCAGGCGUUCUUGGAGGAGUUUCAGACCGAGGACGGGGAGGUGAAGUAUGUCCGGGAGGCCGAGGAGCUGAUCAGGCCCGAGAGGAACACGCUGCUGGUCAGCUUCACGGACCUGGAGGGCUUCAACCAGGAGCUGGCUACCACCGUCCAGGAGGAGUACUACAGAGUGUACCCCUUCCUCUGUCGGGCGGUGCGCAACUUUGCCCGGGACCAUGGGAAUGUUCCUCUCAACAAAGAGUUCUACGUCGCCAUCGAGGAUCUUCCCACCAGACACAAAAUCCGUGAGUUGUCGUCCAUGCGUAUCGGCACCCUGGUGAGGAUCAGUGGUCAGGUGGUGAGGACACAUCCGGUUCACCCCGAACUGGUGAGCGGCACAUUCCUGUGCAUGGACUGCCAGGCGUUGGUCAAGGACGUCCCUCAGCAGUUCAAGUACUCGCCACCAACCAUCUGCCGAAACCCCGUCUGCAACAACCGCUCCCGCUUCCACCUGGACACACACAAAUCCAAGUUCAUCGACUUCCAGAAGGUGCGUAUCCAGGAGACGCAGGCGGAGCUGCCCCGUGGCUCCAUCCCUCGCUCCCUGGAGAUCGUGUUGAGGGCCGAGGCCGUGGAGACGGCUCAGGCCGGCGACCGCUGCGACUUCACCGGGACCCUCAUCGUCGUGCCGGACGUCUCUCAGCUCACCACUCCUGGUGUGCGAGCAGAGACCAGCACCCGUGUAGGCGGAGGACCCCAGGGCCAAGAGUCGGAGGGUUUGAGAGGACUGAAGGCUCUGGGAGUCCGAGAGCUGUCGUACAGACUGGCCUUCCUGGCCUGCAACGUGGCCCCCACUAACCCACGAUUCGGUGGGAAGGAGCUGCGGGAGGAGGAGCAGACUGCGGAGAGCAUUAAGAGUCAGAUGACGGAGAGGGAGUGGGAGAAAGUGUUUGAGAUGAGCCAGGACAAAAACCUGUACCACAACCUGUGCACCAGCCUCUUCCCCACCAUCCACGGCAACGACGAGGUGAAGCGCGGUGUCCUGCUGAUGCUGUUCGGAGGCGUUCCCAAGACGACCAUGGAGGGGACCUCGCUGAGAGGAGACAUCAACGUCUGCAUCGUCGGAGACCCGAGUACUGCCAAGAGCCAGUUCCUCAAGCACGUGGAGGAGUUCAGUCCCAGAGCCGUGUACACCAGCGGCAAAGCCAGCACCGCCGCGGGUCUGACGGCCGCCGUGGUCCGAGACGAGGAGUCGCACGAGUUUGUGAUCGAGGCCGGAGCUCUGAUGCUGGCUGACAACGGUGUGUGUUGCAUCGAUGAGUUUGACAAGAUGGACCUGAAGGACCAGGUGGCCAUCCAUGAAGCCAUGGAGCAGCAGACCAUCAGCAUCACAAAGGCUGGAGUCAAGGCCACCCUGAACGCUCGCACAUCCAUCCUGGCUGCCGCCAACCCCGUGGGCGGGCGCUACGACCGCAGCAAGAGUCUGAAACAGAACGUCAACCUCAGCGCCCCCAUCAUGAGCCGCUUUGACCUCUUCUUCAUCCUGGUGGACGACUGUAACGAGGUGACGGACUACGCCAUCGCCCGACGCAUCGUGGACCUACACUCCCGCGUGGCGGAGUCAGUGGACAGACUGUAUUCUCUGGAUGAGAUCCGCAGAUAUCUGCUCUUUGCUAGGCAGUUCAAACCUAAGAUCUCAAGCGAAUCAGAGGAGUUCAUCGUGGAGCAGUACAAGCGUCUCCGCCAGCGCGACGGCUCGGGCGGCGUGUCCAAGUCUGCCUGGAGGAUCACGGUGCGACAGCUGGAGAGCAUGAUCCGCUUGUCGGAGUCCAUGGCGCGCAUGCACUGCUGUGACGAGGUGCAGCCCAAACAUGUGAAGGAGGCCUUCCGUCUCCUGAACAAGUCCAUCAUCAGAGUGGAGACGCCAGACAUCAACCUGGAGCAGGAGGAGGAACUGGAGGAGGAGGAGGAGGAGCAGCAGGAGGAAGGAAACAACAUCCCCAACGGAGUGAACGGUGUCAAUGGUCACGUUAACGGGAUGAACGGCCAUGCCGACGGCGUGAACGGCCACGCUGAGCCCAGCAGCCAGGCCAAACCGUCUCUUCGCCUUUCUUUCCCUGAGUACAGACGCAUCUCCAACUUGCUCGUCCUGCAUCUGCGCAGAGCUGAGGAGGCUGAGGAAGAGGAGGAGCUGAAGAAAAGCGCAGUGGUGAACUGGUACCUGAAGGAGAUUGAGUCGGAGAUUGACUCAGAGGAGGAGCUGGUCAAUAAGAAGGGUCUGAUCGAGAAGGUUCUCCACAGGCUGGUGCACUAUGAUCACAUCCUCAUCGAGCUGUCCCAGGCGGGGCUGAAGGGCUCCGAGUCUUCGAGCUCGGAGGAAGAGGGCGUUCUGGUCGUCAACCCCAACUACACCCUGGAAGAUUAAAACUGUUUUGCCCCCACCCCCCUCCACUUUCACAGCUUUCACAAUUAUAUGAUAUUAAAACCUUAACAAUAAAACCGAUGUCCAAGGUGUUGAAUAUGAAUGCUCAUAUGUUACAUACAUAGCAGUAGCACUGGAGAUGCUGUUAGACUUGUUUUUUGAGUUUAACAUCUCUACUGUAAAAAAAGGAUUCUGGGGCUCUUAAGGAAAGAAAAAAACAACUUUGUCUUUAUCAAAGUGACUUAUGUAAAUAUGCUGCUCUUUCUUUGUUUGUUCGACUCCGUGGUUUCAAGUUAUGUCAUUUUGUAAAAUUAUGUGAUGGAUUGAAUUGACUUGUUGGUUAAAUAAAUAAAAUGUUGAGAAAAAAACUAA